AUCAAGGAGGAGAUGCGGGAGAUGGAUGGAGGGAGCGCAUAAGAAAGAGUAACAUAACGGUUCAGAAUCCAAACGAUACGUGAUACGCUGAUACCACGUGGUUCAACGUUCCCUCGAGUUCCCGUUUUAUGUAUACACACAUGCACUCGUGAUAGAUAUCGUUCUGAAUGAACGAAGUUAUUCGCUUAUAUGUCCGGCGCCCGAAAACUUCAACGGUUGUAAAGACCACGUUAUGUUUUAGUUGUUGUGCACUGCUUUGGUUCGUCGGGGUAACCACAUUCAGUUGCUCAAACUCAAGCCUCGACGAAUUUAUAGCCAGCGUGUGCGAAUCAUACAAGAAUGGGCAACUCGAAGGCAAUCUGUGCAGUUUUCUCUGCUCCGGGGCAGUCCCACGCAAUGCUCACUGCCAUCCUAAUCACAGGGGAAAGGACAUUGUUUUCUCGGUGCAGUGGAAUGCCACCAAGGUGAUUGUGAAAGCAAAGAAGUCACUUUUGACUUCUUAUGAACGUGUAUACGAAGAAGAGAAUGGAAAACGACGCUACCCAAGUACCCCGGAAUUUCUGGGCAUGGUGAAUGAGAACUUGAACUAUGUCCUGCAUAAGAAUAUCGUGCUAACGGAAGACGACAUUUUUGUGAAUGGCAUUAACCCCACACCUGCGGGCAUGAACACAGUGUUUGCUUUGCUGCAGCAAAAUGAAUAUUUAUUCACUUGGGCACUACAAAAUACCAACACAGUUCCCAAAAUCAUGGGAGUAUGUGGUCAUGCCUAUGCAGUUGAGUUUUUAAGACCUCUGAAAACAUCAGAGCCUUUCAGAAACCGUGCCAAAAUUGCUCUAGAUCUUUUAAAAACUGUGGCAUUCCUUUCUACCACUAUGGAUGAAGGUAUCCAGCAGUGUGAUAUGAAGGUGGACCACUUUGGUAUAGACUGUGCUGGAAAUGUAAAAAUCACAGAUCUAGAUGCAUUGAGUUUACACUCGACAGUACAGAGGAAUAUAGCAGCUACAGGGUCAUGCAGCUCAAACAAGGACUGUGAUUACUUCGACUGUAGUGGACAUUGUACCUCUGAACAAUGUGAUGCUCUUCUUCUUGACAAUAAUUUACAGCGUGUCUGCAGUAACAUCUUCAUGGGGAGGCUGUUGGGAAGGUAUUCGGGUCUUCUCGCUGGAGCACCCGACAGCAUUGCGUCAGAGCUAACGUCCACACUUGAGACAUGUAUGGGAAAACCUGGAGUAUUGGUAACUGCAAAUGAGACUGCACUAAUACAAGAGAAACUCCAAGGGCUACUUCAGAGAUCUCUGCCUCUGGAAUAAAAAAAAAAUCCUCUUA